UCUCACAUGAUGGCGAGACUCUUGGUCUCUAUCCCUAUGCAAACCACCACACAAACGGUCUUUCCGGCGUUUGCAUCGCCGUUAUUUCCGCCGCCGGGGAAUAAUUUACUAGGAGGAGCGGGGGGAUUAUGCCUUAACCGGAGAAACAGAGACUGUUCCUACGUGGCAAGAGCAGGGCCGAGUACGAGUAGCUACUUGCUCGCGUUCGCAAUACCAGCUACUCUUAUUGCUGCAACCGUCUUCACUUCAGCCAGAAUCGCUGAUAAGCUUGACGAUGAUUUCCUUGAGGAUAUUGCGUUGAACCAAGCGAUAAAAGCAGCAGAAGAGGGAGAUAAUGCUGAAGGUGAAAUCUCGCUGGACGAUGUGAUUAAAGAACCUGUCCUUCAACGAACCCGUAAACGUCCUAAGCGUGAAGUUUAAGCCAAAAACACACACACAUAUAAGCUUCUUCUUAAGGAGAGAUUCUCCAAUGUAGUAUGUUGUGUUUGUAUAAGGAUGUAAGCUUGUAGUAGUCUUCCUGGUCACAUUUAUAAUUUUAUAUAGUUGUAGUUACUUAAAUUUUUCCAAAAUAUCAUUUGUAUAAUAACAUGAUGAUGAAUCAAAUACCUCAUUUUGACGGUUC